AUGUCGUCCAAACUCGAUCCUUCGGCAUUAAAGUAUGCCUUGUUUCUGUGUUGCGGUCGGUCGGUUGCCUCACACGAGCAAGGCGCAUCUUGCCCACUAGCAGUCCUGGACCAGGCCGAAUCGCCUGAUUUUGAGGAACAACUGCGGUCAGAGGCACCCGCUGAGAGCAAAGGACAUAGCCCUCUGCAUGUUAUUCCCCUUGAUAGUACCCCAACCAUCAGUUCACGAGGCCCGACCGACAUGGUGCUGCAUCAUCAGCCUGAGCCUAUUUACUUCCGCCAUGAUAUAACGACAGGUCACAGUGUUUAUAUGUUCCUCCAGGCAAAAAGCGACCUCCGCAAUUUGGUACAUGGCCUUUAUGAAGGCCUCCGACAAUCCGAGCCUUGUUCCUGUACGAACAGCAGCACCUGCAGAUGCAAGGGAGACUCAAGCCUGCAUCCACUGGCCUUACAUUCCGCGAUAUUAUUCUACAUCCUCUCAACGCGAUCAACCGAGCUCGACAAUCUUGUCAAAUGGCUCCUAUGGAUCGAAACACAGCUUCACCAAGGCUCGCUCUUCGAGAUAACCGACUCCGAUCGCUUCUCGAAAUACGUCCAACUGCUACACAAAAUGUCUCGGAACCUAAUCACACUCGAACACAAUAACCAGCGGGACACAUCAAACAUCGACCAUCUAUUACAGGACCAUACACGACUCGGUCGGCUAGCGAAGCGUUACAACGGCGGUGCAAACAUAAAAAACAGAGUCCACGACCGUGUUCGAGAUGAUCUCCUCGCUCUACGUGACUUCUGCGAGGACAGACAUCGCCGUAUUCUCAACCUCCGUCAACGGACUAACAACUUUAUCACGCUUCUCUAUAACCUAAUUACAGGGCAUGAUAGCACGGUCAAUUUGCGCAUAGCUACCCAAAGCGCGAGCAUAGCGCGCGAAGCACGUAAAGACAGUAUGUCUAUGAAGAUCAUUGCGGCCGUGACAUUGAUUUACCUCCCUGCCACAUUCGUGUGUAGCUUGUUCGGGACGAACUUGGUCGCUUUUGAUACGUCUCCUGGUUCAACUCGGUCUGACUUUGUCGUUUCCCGGUGGUGGUGGCUUUAUCUUGCUUUUGCUGUACCGUUGACUGUGUUGACUAUAUUUGGGUUUUGGCUGUGGCGGCGAUUUCGGGAGACGCCAAGAGUGAGAGAGAAGAAGUAUACUGACUAG